AUGUUCCAUCAUCCUGGGGACAAGUCCCGCGGUGUUCCCUCUGGGUCAGAAUACGAUGCCAACAACCAUCAUCGUGGCCUUACUCUCAACACCUCCGGUCAACCAUAUGCUAGGUUUGGUACAUCCCAGAACUUUGGCAACCCUUCAACAUGUCCGCUGCAGCAGGAGCCCGUCCGGAGGGACUUCGAUUCGUCGUCCAUGGACUGGACCUCGCCUGGCGCGCAACAUUCACGCUUCAACCCGGGCUCUUCGAUGGGCCACGCAUCGCAGCAGCAGCAGCAGCAACAACAACAACAGAACGAGGGAAUGGAACUCGACGAGCUCGAUCCGCCCCCCGCCGGAGUGUCCAACUUGAUUGCGCGAUUUGAAGGGAUUCGCGCAGCGCCGCCAAGCAGUAACAGAGUCACGAGCACAGCCAGUUCAGUGGCAACCCCGUCCAUUGCAAGCCCGCCGUCGGCACAUUUUGGCGGCGGCGGCGGCAGUAGCAGCAGCAGCAGCAGCAGCAUGCACGGCAGUACAGGAAACAUGAAAUCUUAUGGUAUGAGUAGAAUUGCCAGUUCCGCCGCUUACAGCCCCGCCACGCCGAAUUUCUUUCGUGCCCAGGAAUCAUAUCGUCCUCCAGUGCCCCGAAGUACAAAGCCAGUCUUGAACCGCGCGCCCUCUAGCAUCCCAUUAUAUACACCAGACACAAAGUUCGGUGAUGGAAACACCCGUGCUGCCCCUUCCAACCCGAAUCCACCACCACCACCACCGCCGCCGCCCCAGGUUCAUCGGGCUCAACAACAGCCUGCAGACUUUAGCCAACUGGACCCCUUUAACAACUCAACGGCCAAGACGUUUAGUUCUCAGUCGAAUACCUACAACUUGCCGAUGAAUGAUUUCAAUGCCUCGAACAAGAACUUUGCAUCCCAGUCAACUGCUUUUAAUCUCCAGACGAAUACAUUCAGCACAUCAGUCAAGCCUUUUGACUCUCAACUCAACAACGCCUUUGGCCAGUCGACCAAUACAUUCAGCUCGACAAGCGCUUUCAGCUCGUCCGCACACACCUUCAGUCCCCCUCCAAACGCAAAUGCCUUCAGCCCACCCCCGAAUACGGAUGCUUUCAGCCCGGUAUCUGCACCGUUCAGCCCGGGCCGAGCUCGAGCACCUAGCACUGCUCCUACACCAAAGCCUGCUAUGGGUAGUCGGCCGUCACGGGAGCAGGUGCCUGCCGAAGCAUGGGAAUCGUUCAAACUGACGAUAAGGCAUUUGUAUCUGGAAGAGCGACGGCCUCUGAAAGAAGUCAUGCAAAUCAUGGCCGAUCAGUACGGGUUUCAAGCCACGCCGAAGAUGUACAAGACGAGAUUCUCGCAGUGGGGCUUUGUCAAGAAUAAUACCGAGGACGAAGUGAAGAGGCUCUUGUCGAUGAAAUUUCAGCGUGAUGCCGAAGGCAAGGUGUCCGAGUUUGUGCGGAAUGGCAAGGUGGUUAACCUGGGCACGUAUCUCAAGAGGAAAGGAGUUACGGAGUACGAUCUCGUCGACUUUGAAACGCCAGCUCAGCUUCCGUCCUAUGUGCGAUGUCGUACCCCGACACCGCCGCCCGCUCCGGGCUAUCUGCGAUCACCAGACCUGAUCCGAGCGCAGGAGACGAUAGUUGGGAACAUGAGGAAGGCGUUUCUGCAUUGCCGCCAAUUCGAAGUGGAGACGGACAGGCAGGUUGGAUGGACGUCGAUUAUGCUCUGGGGCGCCGGAUCGAGCGACAUGUUUGCCGACGCCAACAAGAAAUUCGAGAUGGGCGAGCACGACGCCGGAGGACAUCUCCUGAUGAGGGCAUUCAAGCGGCUGGAGAUGGACCUGAAGCAAUUGUCGCCCCAGGGUAUCAAGGAGCUGCUUCUGGGCAUGGUGCAUCGCGACGCGGGCAUGAUGACUGCCCUGUGCAAGUACCUCGCGGCCUACUCGUCGACGAACUUUGAACGCUCGCAUCCCCUACGACAAACCUUUUCCACGUUGUACGAAGUGCAACAGAAGCAUGGGCCGAUUACGCUCUCGGAGCUGGUCUGGUGUUGUAUUCCCAUUAUCGCCGAAGAGCUCGAGGCCAUUUACGGCCGGCGUCACCCGUAUGUCGCCCGGACAUGGAUUGACCUGGCCCUCUUCUACAACCACGCCAAUCCCGAACGACUCGAGAAGCUACUCUCGGAGCUUCAGCCGCUGCGGCGGCAGAUCGCAGGGCGACAUGGGCAGGGCAGCGCAGAUGACCUAUCCCUGCGAUACGCCGCGGUGCAGCUGAUGCAGGCAAUCUGGCCCAACAGCGACAACACGAGAGCUUCUGCCCUCGACCUAUGGGCGGCAAUGAAGGGCGCAGGGCUUGUCUUUCCCGUGCGAGGUGCUGAACAUAGCACGUUUUGCUAUCACAGCCCACUCAAGGUGGAUCCGUGGGACAGGCGAUGCAGAGACCGGUACGACGUUGGUAUUCAUUUCUUCCAGCAACAUUGCGGCAUCAAGGUACUUCCCUAUUUCGAAGAGGACAUGCACUACACGGAACACGCUCCCGACUCGAACUCGGCAUUGGCGGCAGCUCUGGGACACACAGCGCCGUCCAAGUUCUCGCUCAUCUAG